AAUCGGUUGUUUCUUGUUUUUCUCGCCCGCAGAACAUGUAUAUUUUGUAAAGUUAACACAAUUUUAUCUUUAAAUUACGAAAAUUGUUAACAAUCAACGUGGCAAAUUAAACACAAAUUCUAUUAAAUGCUUUUACUUAUAAACAAUUAAAUAAUUAGAAAAUAAUAUAAUCAACCAUACAAAGAUGAUGCCCUUAGCUGAUUUUAUGCAAUUGAUUCUGUUUAUAGGAUCGGCAUUUUUUGUUUCUUUGGUUCUAGCGCUAGUAAUAAUCCAAAAAUCCAUAACAACUCCAUUCCCUAUUAUUAAACGGCACAAAGAAGAAAAAUACUUUGUUGAUCCAAAUGUAAUCAAAAAAGUUGAUUUUCCAUCUAUAGACGAUGAGCCGAGUGUUGAUCUGACUGUUGUCAUACCCGCAUACGAAGAGGAGAAGAGACUGCCAAAAAUGCUAGACGAAUGUAUGGAGUAUUUAGAGAAUCGCUCCAAAUCAAGUGAAUUCACUUAUGAAGUGAUUGUUGUUAGUGAUGGCAGCCGUGAUGGAACUGUGUCACUGGCAUUGAAGUAUUCAAAAAAGUACACUGCCGAGAAAUUGAGAGUUCUCGAGUUAAUUGAGAAUCGUGGCAAAGGUGGAGCUGUUCGUAUUGGAAUGCUCAGUAGCAGAGGUAAAUCACUGCUCUUUGCUGACGCUGAUGGUGCUACAAAAUUCUCAGACUAUGGUAAACUGGAAGAAAGUUUAAAAUCGAUUACAACAGAUUGGACGGCAAAUGCUGUGAUUGUAGGGUCAAGGGCACAUAUGGAAGAUGAAGCUAUUGCCACAAGGACAUUUUUUAGAACAUUCCUAAUGCAUGGAUUCCAUUUUUUGGUUUGGUUGUUUGCUGUUAAAUCAAUUCGAGAUACUCAAUGCGGGUUCAAAUUACUCACCCGUUCGGCAGCUAAGAAACUUUUCAAGAGUUUGCAUGUAGAAAGAUGGGCUUUUGACGUGGAACUCCUUUAUCUUGCUGAAAAACUAAAUAUUCCAAUUAGAGAAAUUGCUGUAACCUGGACUGAAAUCGAAGGCUCAAAACUAUCACCAUUUUGGUCAUGGCUGCAAAUGGGUAUAGAUUUAUUUUUAAUUUGGUUCCGAUAUCUAUGUGGUGCAUGGAAAAUUCAAGAAGAAAAAUCACAUUCUUCAUAGACCAAAACAACAACAAAACAAAUAUGCAAAUGAUUUAAGAAAUCGAAUUGAAAAAUAAUUUCUCCACAUCCAUAAUGUGUUCCUUUUUUCUUUCAAAAGGAAUGACACACUACAUUCAGUAUAAAAUGAAUAAUUUUUAUACAAUGUUACUUUUCCUAAGAAUAAAUCGUAUUUUAGUUUUAAAAUAAGAUGAUAUAGACAUUUAUGUAUGCAUUUUUUUG